AACAGAAUAACCAAAAUUUUCUCAGUUUGACAAUCGCACUAACCUCAAUUUUUAAAGAAAUAUUUCCUUGGAUUUAAAAGUUAUUUAUUUUUUCAGUUAUUUUAUGAUAUUAUAAAGCAAAAAUGAGUCUUGCAAGUAUAUACACUCAGCAACCUCUCAAAACAAUAAUAGUUUUAAGUUUUCAGUUAAAUUUUCCUAGGAAUAGUUAUGCCAAAGCCAGCAGCAGUGUUAGUAUGUUAGGUAUGAAGAAAAAGAAAACCGUAGGCAAAGCCUCAGCCCUAAGUGAAAAAAGAAUUCUUCCUGUCGAAACAGACCCUGUAAAACUAGUGAACUACGUAUGUGGCUCAAACAUCUAUAAGACAGGUGAAGAUGUUAAACUAGGACCUGAUAGUGAUUACCCGGACUGGUUGUGGUCCCUUAGGACAGAGGGGCCACCUCCCUUAGAAGAUUUGGAUCCAAAUUCGAAACAAUACUGGAAAAGGAUACGAAAAAUGGGCAUUCAAAGACAAAAUCAAUUGUUAAAAUUACGAAAGUUUUGAGUGUUUGUACUUAUAUCUAGUAUUAGCUGUAAUAUAUACUUUUAAAUUUA